UUAUACAAUCAACAAAUUACUGUACUUUUACAUUUAGGAAAUUAAACACAAUGGCGGGCAUAACCAAUAAAGAAAUAGACCGCAUUAUAGAAGAGCUUACGUCUUUAGACUUAGGAUAUUGUACAUUCGAUGAGGAGCUAAUCGAGGGACUCAUCCAGAAGACCUGUUCUGUGAUCACGAGGCAACCGAUGCUCCUUGAGUUGAAUGCUCCUGUCAAAAUCUGCGGAGAUAUCCACGGCCAGUUUACGGAUCUCUUGCGCAUUUUCCGGGCAUGCGGAUUUCCGCCGAAAUCGAACUAUUUGUUUCUCGGCGAUUACGUGGACCGGGGAAAGCGAUCACUGGAGACGAUCUGCCUGCUGUUCGCCUACAAGGUUAAGUAUCCCCAGAAUUUCUUUCUGCUCCGCGGAAAUCACGAGUGCGCCGGCAUAAGUCGCAUUUACGGAUUCUUUGAUGAGGUGAAACGCAGGCACACAGUGCGCUUGUGGCAAAGUUUCACGGAUUGCUUCAACUGGCUGCCAGUGGCGGCAGUUGUGGGUGAAAGGAUCUUCUGCUGCCACGGAGGAUUGAGUCCCUAUUUGCGAAGAUUAAAGGAGAUCCAGUUGCUCCGGCGGCCUACGGACAUUCCGGACGAGGGCAUCCUGUGUGACCUCCUCUGGGCGGAUCUUAAUCACCUCUCCGACGGUUGGGGUCACAAUGACCGUGGUGUGAGCUUCACCUUCGAUGAAACCAUUGUGCGGGGUUUCCUAAAGGCCCACGACUUGGACCUGAUGGUCCGUGCCCACGAGGUGGUGGAGGAUGGGUACGAGUUCUUUGCCAACCGCCACCUGGUCACCAUCUUCUCCGCCCCCAACUACUGCGGUCAGAUGAACAAUGCCGGCGGCGUGAUGAGCGUCGGCGAGGACCUGAUCUGCUCUUUCGUCAUCAUUGAACCAUGCCAUAAAUACGAAGUUUCUGCCACAGAUUCAAAGGUCACGUUUAAUCCAGCGAGAGAAUGAAAUGUUUUUCAUAGAUCCUGUAAUAAAAUAAAUAACUUCUAAGUGGA